CUUCUGUCUGGAACAACAACAAGCGUUCGGCAGGAACCGUGUGGUCGUGAUUACUGUAGUAUACGUUCAGAAACAGCAGUUCUUCAUUCGUGACACCGAAAUAGAGACGUUUUGAGUGGAUUUUUCUCUCGAGCGACGAUAACAUCAUCAGAACGAAGUGGAACUCUACCCUGUCCCCAUGCCAGUACACUGAGGCUGUGAGACAAGCCAACAGGAAGACUGUGGAGGUGUGAGACACGUGUGGGCAGACAGGUCACAGUGUGUGUGUGAGAGAGUUACAGAGAGAGACGGCAUGGCGAGUGUGACGGUGCCAGUUAGAGACAUGAGCGCUCUGCAGUACGGGGGGAAGCGUGUGUGCAGGGACAGACCAGAGGAUGCGCCCAUAAAGAAGCGUUUGAUGGCGGAGAUGAAGCUGACGUGCAGAGUGAAACGGGAAGAUUCGGAGUGUGACAAAGCCUUGGACCUGAGUCCGGGUCUCAAACACACUCUGGCUCAGUUCACGCUGAGCAGCCGGAGCUCACUGGGGGGACCGGCCGCUUUCUCCGCACGCACAGACACGAGCUCACCGCAGCCCGUCGCCCCACCCCUUCCAUCUCCCUCUGUCCUGGGGGCGGGGCCCCUGUUGGUGCCGAGCGACAGGUCAACCGAGUUGACGCACGCGAUGCUGGAGGGUGAUUCAAUCUCCAGCUUUGUUGUGGGCGGAGAGAAGCGUCUGUGUCUGCCGCAGGUUUUGAACUCAGUCCUGCGGGACUUCACGCUGCAGCAGAUUAAUGCCGUGUGUGAUGAGCUGUAUGUUUACUGUGCUCGCUGUGACGCCGACCAGCUGCACGUCCUCAAAGUGCUCGGCAUCCUUCCCUUCAACGCCCCAUCCUGUGGCCUCAUCACGCUGACCGACGCUCAGAGGCUGUGCAAUGCGCUGCUCCGUCCCGGCUCCACACACAAUCGCCCCCAGCCCGGGGUAAAAGGUUCAUCUGUUAACGGACAGUUCGGCUUUCAGGUGGAACACCAGUGCCUGGGGAAGUGCCGCGGCGUGUUUGUGCCACAGUUCUACGUUCGUCCGGACGCACCGUGCGUGCAGUGUGUGGAGUGCCAGCUGCUGUUCUCGCCCCAGAACUUCGUCAUGCACUCGCACCGCACCCCCGACAAACGCACCUGCCACUGGGGCUUCGACUCCACACGCUGGCCGCGCUACCUGCACCUGAGCCGUCGCUACGAGGGCACCGCAGACGAGCCCAAACUCAGCACAGUGCUUGACCAAAUGAAGGAGAAGUUUCACCUGACAUCAGACACCACACCUGUGGACCAGGCUGUAGAUGAGGACCCCCAUGUGAGGAAGUCUUGUCCUGCUACUGAUCAGGUGUGUGACAUGAAGAGAAAGGGAUCUCUGGCCUUUACUCGUCUGUGCCCCGACAUCAAACAGGAAGUCGGACCUCCUUCGAUCGUCCAUCCCAGCUACUGCCUGUACCCUUACGAUAAGAUGGUGGCACCCAACGUUUCUCUACAGAAGAACAGUGAGAGUGACGGAGCAGACACUUUAGGAACCCUGCUGAAACAACACUACAGCAGGACAACACACGAUGUCCAUGCCACCACUUCUUCUGUCAUACACCAACAGAAAUAUUGCUGUGGUGAUGAAACGUGUCCACCCCCAUCGACCGUCUCCAUGGAAACAGACGGGAAGGAAGAGGAUGAUAAGAAGCAGCUGGUGUUUGAGAUGGUUCACAUGUACAACAAACAGCAGGAGAAGCUGAAUGCUACGCUGCACACGCAGAGGGAGCUAGAGACGGAGCUGCAGACGGUGUGUGAUGGUGAUGCAGAGAGGUGGAGGCGUUUGACUGUGGAGCACAGUGCGCUGCAGAGCGAGUUGGAGGCAGUGCACACUGAGCAUGCUCAGAAAUUGGGGCGGGUACAGCAGGAGCAGAGAGAGCUGGAGAAAAGACUGGAAAAGCUCCGACACGCAUACAGGCAGUGUACCUGUCAGAGCCAGGAGGAGCAGUACACCAACCAGCUGUGUGACCUGAGAGUGAGGCUGGAGCAGGCCGAGGCAGAGAGACAGGAGCUGCAGGAUGAACUGAGGAGAGAGAAAGACGCCCGGAAGAAUCUGGAGCUGCUCAUCAGUCAGCUUCAGCAGCAGAUCACCAGCUCAGCCAAUCACAGCCCUCAGAGCAUCUACUUGACCAAUCACAGCUCUCAAAUCACUGACUCAGACACUUGCAGCUCUAAAACCCUCACACCAGCCAGUCACAGUCCUCAGAGCCAACACACACAGUCACCUGCAACCACACACAGCGGGGCCGAGUUGUCCUGAACACACACACUUUAGAAUGAAUUUUGAGGACUUUUUAUAAUUCAUUUUAUAAAACAUUUUAUUAGUAUUAUUAUUAUACCAUUGUUGAGGUUUACUCUGAUGUGUGUGUGCGCACAACAAUCGCAACACACACACACAAUGCAGCUGUGAGUAUUAAUAUCUAGACACACAACUCAUGGUGAGAGAGCUUUACAUCACCACCAUUAAUUCAUAUGUCAUUAAACACAGUCAUUUAUUUAUUUAUUUUCCAGCCAGUGAACCCUGUGUUCCAUGAUUGGAAAUAACACACGAAUCACUUGAGUCCUAAUGAUUAUGUUAAUGACUGAAUAUUAAUGUUCAUAACUUUACAGAGUCUAAAACUUACAGUCCCACAGGAACACACACACAUCGGUGACAUGCCAAACAAAAGCUGUGCCAUAAAUCACACACUUCUGUACUGUUCGAAAGUGUACAAACAUAGAAGAAGGCAUUGAUGUAGACGUGUGUUAAUGAUGUUCCUGUUACUCACCACUUAUCAGAAGAGUCUGAGCGAGUGUGUGAAGGAGGAACAGUUCUCUAUACUGCUUUGUGUCAUGUAAUAAUAAUGAUCAUUUUUAUUAUUAUAAAGUUUUAUUGAGGUCAUUGUAUUAUGUGAAUAAUAGAUAUUUAUUGUUACAACUGUUAUUUCUUAUAAUCAUCUUUCAUUUAUAUCAUGAUUGUGUGAUAUAAAUUCUAGUUAUGGUUGUA